CUUCCUCUUCUUUUUUGCUCGGGCUAGCCUCCUCGUCCCUCCUAUCUCUAUCUCUCUCUGACCUUUACAGAAUUCUUAGCCCUUUUUUUCUUUCUGGGGAUAUUUUUUUUUUUUUAACCUUUUUCUUUUCUAUUUUAUUUUAUUUUUUCUUUUCCGCUUUCAAUUUUCCACCCCUCUCAUUUUCCAUGGUCUGCCACUGUAAUCAUAACCCUCUGUACUGUACACUAUUAUAUACAAUAUACGCAGCAGCUACUGUACCUCUUCAUUUUCAGUAUCUUUCUCUCUCUUCUAUUUGUGCAAAUAAAUAGAUAGAAAGGAAAGGAUUAUUAAGUAGUGAAGAGGUCCUGAGAGGAAAACCAAAAGAAAAAAAAAAAAAAAAUCUUAUUGUCUGUUCUUACCAUGUUGGAUUGCAUGGACUAGAGCUUCUUGAUGGGUUUUUAAGAAAGAGAAAGAGAGAGAGAGAAAAAGAGAAAGAUUGGGAAAGAGAUAUGUCUGUAUUGAUUUUGCAGAGGGUUGCUUCAGACAAGCAAUAUUCAUGGUCUAGCUAGAUAGCGACCUGAAGAAUAACCCAUCAUCAUCAUCAUCAUAAUAAUAAUCUCUUCACGAGAGAUUUUAAUUUUUUGCUUUUCUAACCCAAUAAAAUGAUUCCUUUCUGUGUCUAUAGGGUGGGUAUACUAGUAUAGUUUGUUGUCCAAAGCUGGGAUUCUCUAUUUCUGUGCUUAUAACUUGGUCUUAGUUAUAUUAGUCUCUCUUUUUCUUGCUGUUAUUAUAUCUUUCAAAGGUUUGCAAAAGUGGGGUACUUUGAAAGAAAGAUCUCAUUAAACAAAACAAAAAGAUUAUAUUAUAGCUAAAGGAAAGAGGGUAGUACUGGUUUUUUUUCCUUUGUUUUUCUCUUGUUGGAGUUUUCUUCCAAAAGCAAAUGUUUCCUGCCGCCAUGUCCAAUUCAACUUCUUUGUCUGAGGAAGCCAGUGUGUCUUCAGGGACAAGAGUUCAAGAAUUUGGUGGAUUAAAUCCAGUGGUUUCCACCAUUUCUCCUCAGCAACCACACAAAAUCAAGAAGAAAAGAAGCCUCCCUGGAAACCCAGACCCAGAUGCUGAGGUUAUAGCAUUAUCCCCAAAGACUUUAUUAGCCACCAAUAGAUUUGUGUGUGAGAUCUGCAACAAAGGGUUUCAGAGAGAUCAGAAUCUUCAACUUCACAGGAGAGGUCAUAACCUUCCAUGGAAGCUGAAACAGAGAAACAGCAAAGAAAUUAAAAAGAAAGCCUAUGUCUGCCCUGAACCUUCAUGUGUUCAUCACCAUCCUUCAAGAGCACUUGGAGAUCUUACAGGAAUUAAAAAACACUACUGCAGGAAACAUGGAGAGAAGAAAUGGAAGUGUGAGAAAUGCUCAAAGAUCUAUGCAGUCCAAUCUGAUUGGAAGGCUCACUCCAAAACAUGUGGCACUAGAGAAUAUAGAUGUGACUGUGGAACCCUUUUCUCCAGGAAGGACAGCUUCAUAACCCACAGAGCCUUCUGUGAUGCAUUGGCCGAAGAAAGUGCAAGACUCUCAGCAAACCAAUUAGCCACCACAACGAACCCAGUUACGAUCCAGCCUCUAUUCCCUUUUAAUCCAAAUCCACCACAAUCAAUCACACAAAUCUCCCUCACACCCUGGGACCCACAUCAAAACCCUAACCCUAAUAGCAGCAACAACAACAACAGUGCUCAAACUCAAAACCACCCACUUCAGAUCAAGCCAGAAGUUCAACAUUUCCAAAUCCCAAACAAUUCACAAUUCUUCCAAGAUGGUGGUCAUAAGGGGGGUUUGGUAACCUUACCAUACCAAAACCUCCAUGUGACCACACAACAAGCCUCAAACGCCGCCACCUCAGCGCACCUGUCAGCCACUGCGCUGCUCCAAAAGGCUGCAACCGUUGGUGCAACAGCGAGUACUGCAGCGCAACAGGCUCAGUCAGUGGGUCACAUGGCUCACGGCUUGGCCAUGACCGAGUUCGGAACGCUGGGUCACACCAUUGAUACGGUGAGCCAUCACAUUUCCACCGAGUUCCUCGGUGGCUUGGCGUCCGGAGAUCUAGCCACGUGGCACAAGACUGACCGUUUGACUAGGGACUUCCUGGGUUUGACUGGAGAUGGCAAUGGAGGCCAUGGUCCUCCUCAUGGUACGGGAAAUGGGGCUCUUAACGUUAGCGUAAAUGUCAAGGAUAUGCUAACAUACUCGGGAAGUGUAGAUUUUCAUCAACCGUAUGAGCGGAAUCACCACCACCACCACCACCACCACCACCACUCUCUGUUGAAGACUCAGGCUUUUGGGUUCGCUGCCGAGGCUGCUGCUGCUGCCGCUUCUGAUACGUGGGCUGAUUGUUGAAGCCAAUCAGGGGUAAAAGAGAGAUUUCAGAUUUGACCAUGCUGUCUGAAAUGACAAAACUACCCAAGUCUUCCUUCCACAAUCCACUCCUCUCAUCUUAUAUGCGUUUAUCCGUCUCCACAUUAUUAAUUUUCUUUUUCCUUUUUUGCUUUAAAUUGUUCUCAAUGUCCUUAGUUGAUUUACUAGGUCUUUUAUAUGCAUAUCUAUAUUUUCUUUUUCCUAUGUAUAUUACGUUAAAUGGUUGUUGUUUUUCUUUUGUGAAAGUUUUUGUUGUCGAAGGAGAAAAAAAAAAAAAACAAAAAAACAAAAAAACCA